AUGAAAUUUACAGUAGAAGAAGAAAUGAAUAGUAGAAUAAACUUCCUAGACAUUUCAAUUUCUAAACUGAACGACACACAUAACUUCAGUAUAUUUCACAAACCUACCCAUACUGAUACCACCAUUCACAUCACUUCUAAUCAUCCAUAUAGUCACAAGAUGGCCGCUUACAAUUCUAUGAUCCAUAGACUAAUAACCAUACCUAUGAAUCACGAUCAUUUCAACACAGAAUUAAAUUUAAUCAAACAAAUAGCAAUCAAUAACGGUUAUAACCCUACCAUCAUAGAUAAGAUCCUGUUCAAUAAACAAAUAAAACAUGCUUUGCUGUUAGCGUACCCUUCCCACAUAAAAGAUGACACCAAAAAGUACAUAUCUUUAACCUACGUUAAUCGAACUUCCGAGCGUAUUGCUAAGUAUUUCAAAGAUAAAUUCAAUCUCAAAGUAUCCUUCAAGACAAACAAUAAUUUGGGAACUUUCGUCAGAAAUAAUAAAGAUAAAACAAACAAAGACAACAAAUCUGGAGUCUACAAGUUAAAAUGCGGGGAUUGUCACAUGGUUUAUAUAGGCCAAACCGAAAGAUCCUUCAAAAAGAGAAUCCAUGAACAUCAGAAGAGUUUCACAUCCAACACCACCCAUUCUACAUACGCCAACCACCUAAAAGAAUGCCGACAUGAGUUCAACAAUAAUUACCAGAUCCUCCAUACAGAAAACAAGAGUUCUAGACUCACACUCUUAGAAUCUCUAGAAAUAAACAGGUACAAUUCCAAGAAGGUCCUUCUGAAUGAACAAACAGAUGUAAAUAGAUCACCGCUACUUAACAUCUUUAACCAGCAGCACCCUCCAAUAUAA